AGUCACAGUAGUAACAUCAACGCACACUUGUCGAAGUGUUCAGUGAUUCUCUCUCUCUCUCCUUAUUCUUAUUGCUUCAAUAAUUCUGUCUCAAUGCUGAAGUUCUUCUCCGAGAAGGCGAACCACCAGGCCCUCAAGGCCGUGCUGUGCGCGCUGUUUGUGCAGAAGCCGCUGGAGGUGACGCUGAGCAGCACCUACACCACCCCGUAUCUGCAGCUGCCCUCAUCCAAGAUGCCGCUGUACAGCUGCAAUGAGGUGGCCCGCCUUGUGUGGCGCAAGUACGCUGCGGCCCCCUGCACAGAGGAGGUGCUGGCCAGCGAGGGGGAAUGGCUCGAUUGGGAGUCGACGGUGCUGACGCCGGCUCUGACGCCCCUCUACACGCAGCGCCGCCUCACCGCCGAGGCGGAGGCUGCCCUCAAGAAGCUGGACGAUACGUUAGAGCAGAACCACGGCACGAUCGUCGUGGACGGUGCGCCGAAGUCGAAGUCUUUCCUGGUGGACAGCGUGAUGUUUGCAGCGCUGCUGCCGGCGCUGUGCGAGGGUGGUCUGCUGUCGACCGCCCAGGCCGAAGCGGUGCCGCACCUGGUCAAGUGGUUCCAGGCCUUCCGCGCAGACAACGAAGAGGUGAUCGCCUCCGCCUUUGACGCUCUAUCGGUGCAAGAGUGCGGCGACUUUCUUCGUGUCACGCGCACCUACGAGGUGAGCCCCAAGAAGAACAAGACCUUCUUCGCCACGACGCCCAUCUACUACGUGAACGCGUCGCCGCACAUUGGGCACGUGUACACUAGCCUCAUCGUCGACGUGCUCGGCCGCUACCACCGUGUGAAGGGAGAGGAGGUCUUCAUCAUGACCGGCACGGAUGAGCACGGGCAGAAGGUGGCCGAGGCCGCCGGCAAGAACGGCGUCUCGCCGAUGGAGUUCACGACGAGUGUGUCGAACGAGUUCAAGGUGUGCUUUGAGCAGAUGAACUACAGCUUCAACUACUUCAUCCGCACCACCAACCCCACCCACGAGACGCUGGUGCAGCAGAUGUGGAAGAAGCUAGAGGCGAAGGGCGAUAUCUACCUCGGCAAGUACGAGGGCUGGUACUCCGUCAGCGACGAGUCCUUCCUGACGGCACAGAACGUGACCGACGGCGUGGACAAGGACGGCAACCCGUGCAAGAUCAGCCUGGAGAGUGGCCACGUCGUGACGUGGGUGGAGGAGGAAAACUACAUGUUCCGCCUUAGCGCUUUUCGUGACCGCCUGCUAAAGCAUUUCCACGACCACCCCAACUGCAUCGUGCCAGAGUUCCGCCGCCGCGAGGUGAUCAAGCAGGUCGAGAAGGGCCUCUUCGACCUCUCCAUCUCCCGCAAGCGAGAGUCGGUGCUCAACUGGUCCAUCCCGGUCCCGGGCGACGACCGCCACUGCAUCUACGUCUGGCUCGACGCCCUCUUCAACUACUACACCGGCGCCUUGACCCGCGUCGCCGCCGACGGUAGCGAGGCGCUUGACGACGACUUCCACACGCUGAACCGCUGGCCCUGCGACGCGCACGUCGUCGGCAAAGAUAUCCUGAAGUUCCACGCCAUCUAUUGGCCGGCGUUCUUGAUGUCGGCCGACCUGCCGCUGCCGGAGCGACUAGUGGCGCACGGUUGGUGGACGAAGGAUCACAAGAAGAUUAGUAAGUCUCUCGGCAACGCCUUCGACCCGGUGGCGAAGGCCGAGGAGUUCGGCAUCGACGCCCUCAAGUAUUUUUUGCUGCGCGAGUCGAACUUCCAGGACGACGGCGACUACAGCGACAAGAACAUGGUGGCGCGCCUCAACAGCGAACUGGCUGACACGCUGGGCAACUUGGUGUCUCGCUGCGUCGCGCCGAAGAUCAACGUGGACGGGGUGUGGCCGGCGCCGUCGGAGUACAACGAGAGCGACAAGACGCUCAUCGCCGCGCUGAACAACCUGGCUGGCACGGCGGACCACUACUACUGCCUACCGGACAUCCAGAAGGCCCUCAUCGCCAUCUUCGAGGUGCUGCGCAGCCUCAACGCGUACGUCACGGAGAACGCGCCGUGGAAGUUGGUGAAGUCCGACACGGCUCGGCUCGGCACGGUGCUGUACGUCACGAUGGAGGGCCUGCGCAUCUGCGUCAUGUUUUUGCAGCCUGUGAUGCCGCAGAAGAUGUCAGAGAUCAUGGACGCGCUGGGCGUGCCGGCCGAGCAGCGUGUGGACGUGUCGAACUUCCACUUCGGCGUCGUGCAGCCUGGGACGAAGAUCGGUGGUUUAGCGGAGGGCCAGGUGAUCUUCCAGAAGGCGACGCUGCCGGCCGAGGAAGAGAAGCCUGCUGCGUCGGAGGGCGACGGCAAAAAGGGGAAGAAGUGA